AUGACGGUUACUGUGACCUUCCCCGAAGUAGCUGUGAACUUCUCUCAGGAUGAGUGGCUGAUUCUGGACCCCUCUCAGAAGAAUCUCUACAGAGAAGUGAUGCUAGAGACCUACCAGCACCUGCAAGUCAUAGGGCAUUGUGGGGUGAAGCCUGCGCUGAUCUCCUGGUUGGAAGUAGGAGACCUUGAAGGGCUGCAGAGAGGCAUAUUUCCAGUUUCCUCAGACACCCUCAGUACAAAGGAUGCCCUUCAGGGUCUGCGGGAUGAAUAUGCCCUGAGUCAACCUUCAUGCCAGAGAGACAAUAAGGAGGUCCAGAUACGAAAGAAGCAAAAUACAUGUCAGGAGUGCGGGAAGGUGAUUUCUCAAUCCUCACAUCUUAAUAGGCACAAGAAAAUUCAUACAGGAGAGAAACCUUUUACAUGUCAGGAGGGUGGGAAGACUUUCACUUUAUCCUCAUACCUUAAUAGUCACAAGAAAAUUCAUACUGGAGACAAACCUUAUACAUGUCAGGAGUGUGGGAAGGCCUUCUCUCAAUCCUCAGGACUCUAUAUUCACAAGAAAAUUCAUACUGGAGAGAAACAUACAUGUCAGGAGUGUGGGAAGUCCUUCACUCGAUCCACUUACCUUAGUAGUCACAAGAAAAUUCAUACUGGAGAGAAACAUUAUAGAUGUCAGGAGUGUGGGAAGGCCUUUACUCAUUCGUCAGGUCUUUAUCAACACAAGAAAAUACAUAGUGGAGAGAAACAAUAUACAUGUCAGGAGUGUGGGAAGACUUUCACUUUAUACUCACAUCUUAUUAGGCACAAGAAAAUUCAUACUGGAGAGAAACCUUAUACAUGUCAGGAGUGUGGGAAGGCCUUCACUCGUUCCACUCACCUUACUAGUCACAAGAAAAUUCAUACUGGAGAGAAACCAUAUACAUGUCAGGAGUGUGGGAAGACCUUCACUCGAUCCUCAAACCUUACUAGUCACAAGAACAUUCAUAGUGGAGAGAAACCUUAUACAUGUCAGGAGUGUGGAAAGGCCUUCUCACAAUCCUCAGGACUCUAUAUUCACAAGAAAAUUCAUACUGGAGUGAAACAUACAUGUCAGGAGUGUGGGAAGGCCUUCACUCGAUCCUCAGUCCUUAAUAGGCACAAGAAAAUUCAUACUGGAGAGAAACCUUAUAGAUGUCAGGAGUGUGGGAAAGCCUUCACUCAAUCAUCAGGUCUAUAUCAACACAAGAAAAUACAUACUGGAGAGAAACGAUAUACAUGUCAGGAGUGUGGGAAGACUUUCACUUUAUCCUCAUACCUUAAGAGUCACAAAAGAAUUCAUACUGGAGAGAAACCUUAUACAUGUCAUGAGUGUGGGAAGGCAUUCACUCGAUCCGCUCACCUUAAAAGUCACAAGAAAAUUCAUACUGGAGAGAAACAUUAUAGAUGUCAGGAGUGUGGGAAGGCCUUCACUCAAUCAUAAGGUCUUUAUCAACACAAGAAAAUACAUACUGGAGAGAAACGAUAUACAU